AUGCUCCUCAAUAUAAAAACACAACCAAAUCGCACGACCCGGGACGCAGCUCCGGGGGGAAGCCCGGGCUGCCAGACCGCUCGGGAGGGCGGAUCCCCGGCUCAGCGCGCACCGGGGCCGGGGGUGCGGGCCCCGCAGCUGCCCCGCGGCACCUCCGGCCCGCGGCUCCGGACGGGCGCGGCCGGCCCCGGCCCCGGCGGCGGCGCGGUAGCCACGGCAACCGGGCCGGGCCCCCGGGGCAGGAGCGUGCGCACUGCGGAGCGGGGCCGGCCGGGCGGGCUGGGAACACCCCGGGACGAGCAGGGUCGGGAAGAGAGAGAGGAAAGGGAAGCGGUGCGGAAGGACGAGCAGCUGCCCCGGCUCCCUCCAGCCCCUGCACGAACCCGUGCUGGAUCACCCGCAGCGGCCGUGCCCACGCUGUGA